CGUUCUUGAAGCAGACAAGUAUGCAACCCGCAUUGCAUCAUGAUGGUCGUAACAGCAAGUUUGCGCUCAAGAGGGAAGAUGGGUUCUGUGGGAAUGUUGCAUGCACCUCCCCGACUGGGCUGGCAGCCAGUGAGAACUUCUUCAACGGUGACCUCGGUCACACACGAGUUGGUCAAGCGCCACCGCAGGAAGCGCAACCCCUUCAACGCCAGCAACGGCAGCAGAACGAUAAGAAUGGAGGUGCCACUCAGUGCGCACUUACUGCUGACCAUGCGCCGGAGAACAAGGUGCGCAGAAAAAGGGAGGUGCUACUCUUAUUCGGGGUAUGCGUCUUGUACUUGGCGUGCGAGACCUCCGUAAAGAUUGCAGACUUUAAAGUCAUAAAAAGCCUGAAAACCCCACAGACGCUAGACGUGGUGAUCGGGGUAGAAUCCAUACUCCUCUCGCUGUUGUUAGCCGGGCUUUCUGAUCUUUGGAGUGCUUGGACCACGUGUAGAAGGGGUCGCCGUACGUCGCAAAAAAUACUCGAUCACUGCACACAACAUUGCGGAGUACAUAAUCCUUCUUCCGAAACAAGACCCGAUGUUGAACAGCAGGGAACAGUUUCUGCAACAACAAUGAGGACAGGAACGAAGAGUGCAGAAGAGUUUUCGACGUCGGAAGAAAUUCCAUUGCUGACGUCGGAGGAAAAUGUGAAUGACCCCGGGAGCCGGGAUCUGGAGAACCCGGCGAACACGGAUCCGCUGCGAGACGGAGCCAAGUCAGGAUAUGUGGCAGUUCCAGUCGCGGCAGUGUUGUCCGAUGAACAGCAAAAUGUCCCUGUGCCAAAUAGCAGAAUCAGAAAUGCGGCUUCGAGAGGGAUAAUAGAGGAGACUAGGACAAGCAGAACUAGUACAAACUAUAGUUUUUCGACUUGCUUUUCGUGGCACGAUGGCAUUGCGCCGUUCAUGUGGGUUGCUGUGGCCUUCGCGAUUUACAACGGACUGGAGAAGAUGCAGCUACUCGCUAUGCAAAGUCCUGGCACCGUGGCAGUUGUGUCCCGUGUGAAAAUACUCUUCGUGGUGGCGGGUUCGGCAUUAUUUUUGGGGCGAAAGUUUCGCCCACUGCAGUAUGUAUCCGUAGCGCUGGUGAUACUCGGAAUCAUUUGGUGGUCCUUCGCGAAAGCUGCUUGGGACAGGCAAAACCGAGGACAGGGCAUUUCAAUAGCUGGAAACAGCACUUCUUCAUCUGUGAGCCAGGGUCUUUAUGUAUUUGGUCUUGCUCUCGCUUUGACCGGGUCCAUCUGCGUUGCUGCCGCCAGACUGUCCAGUGAACGCAACCUGAAAGAGAAAGCUGCCACGCCCUUCUACGUGCAGAAAUUUCACCUCGAGCUGCCGUGCCUCCUCUUUGCAAUCGUGUGGCUCUUCGUGAUUCCCGAGUUUUGGCUUCUUUAUGAAACCCUGUUGAUCUGCUUGUAGCGAUCUGCAUGAAAUAUCUGUAAUAUUUCGUCGUAGAAACGUACUUGUACCAGAAUAGGUCGUGGUCAUUUAGGUUAAAUUGACGAUUUUUCAGUCUCGGUACGCAAAUGCAGAAAGAAGGGUAUUCAUUAAUUUGAUAGUACUUUUUUUUUAGGUGAGAGGAGGACACGACCUUUACGUCACAGAAUGCACCGUUCAUGUAUCUUUUCUGGAUGAGGCGACUGCUAAGCAGUUGCGUGUGCGGCGCAUAUCCAGUUGGAACGAACUGGUUGGCGGAUGGACCGCUUCAACGGAUGGCGCAAACGCCGACUCCUUCAGUGCGUGGAAGCUGCACGCAUCCGUUAUUCUCCGCCUGGCGGUUCACUGGAUAGGCGACUUGGUCGUGAAGAGGGCGAGUAGCGUGGUGCGGAUGAUGCUGCAAUGUCAAAUCCCGAUUCUCACAUUCUGGCUCGGCGAUGUGUUAUGUCUAGGUGGCGGAGGCGGGAUCAAUCUGAAUGGGGGACAGUGGGUUGCAUUCAUUUUGUGCAGCUUUCUGAUCGUGGCAGGUGGGAUUGGCUUUGCCGUUUUCGCGCCUCAAGAAAAAAGCCUACAUAAAAAAUGACUUAAUCUUCAUAAACGCUAACAUUCUAGGAAACACGUUCAUCUCCCGACGUGUAAAUCGCGGUUGUACACCUAGAAUUUAUACAUCUAACGAUCAGUGACAGUGGAAAAUCUUGUUGUAGAAAUUUUGAAGAUGACGACUACUUUUUUAGCAUUGCCUCUUGCUUUUCGCUAGACCAACUAUUGUGUCGAACAGUGGCUUUGUUCUGAAACACAAGGAAAGAGGUUUUUACUUGUGCGCAGCCUUGAGUUCCUAUAGAUAAGCGCCAAGGUCCGAAAUCAAGACAGCUAGUUCCCGCAUAUUGCUAACGAUGCGAAGAUCUUCGUCCUUACUGAUAACGCAUUUUGCCGUGAGAAGCAGCGCUUUUUUCAACCGGAGAGUAGAAGUUUCUUGUUUACAAUCUUUGGAAAUUACGUCAUCUAUUUCCAGAGCGCUUAGCGGGAGGAAAAUAUUUUUGGUAGUUUUUGUUUUUCUUGUGUUCCUUCCUAUAACGACGCGAUGGCGUUUGAAUA